CUCUUAGGUGAUGCUGCAGCCAAGAUGGCGCCGGCGGCGGCCGCGGCUGCCUGAGCGGAAUGCUCCCGGUCCCUGGCGGCAGCGGUGGCGGCUGUGGCCUCGGCCGGGGCCUCAGGUCUGUCCCGGGCGUGAGUGCUCACGCGCCUCUCCUCCGGCCGGGUUAACCCAGACAAAGAGGAGACGGCCACGAAGAGAGGAGGCAGUGAGGAACGGAGAGAGAGCGCGGCGCCCCCCGCUUCGGCACCAUGGCUGGGCUCAUCAAGAAACAGAUCCUGAAGCACCUCUCCAGAUUUACCAAAAAUUUAUCUCCUGACAAGAUAAAUCUAAGUACCCUUAAAGGAGAAGGGGAACUGAAGAAUUUGGAGUUGGAUGAAGAGGUGCUCCAGAAUAUGUUGGAUUUGCCAACAUGGCUUGCUAUCAACAAAGUUUUUUGUAAUAAAGCAUCUAUUAGGAUACCAUGGACAAAACUGAAAACACAUCCCAUCUGUUUGUCCUUGGAUAAAGUAAUAAUGGAAAUGAGUACAUGUGAAGAACCACGAAACCCAAAUGGCCCAUCACCAAUUGCAACUGCUUCGGGACAAAGUGAAUACGGCUUUGCUGAAAAAGUAGUUGAGGGAAUUACUGUUUCUGUAAAUUCCAUUGUCAUCCGCAUUGGAGCAAAAGCCUUCAAUGCAUCCUUUGAACUUUCCCAGCUACGGAUCUAUAGUGUAAAUGCGAACUGGGAACAUGGAGAUUUAAGAUUUGCUCGUAUUCAGGAUCCACAGAGAGGAGAGGUUUUGACCUUUAAGGAAAUAAAUUGGCAGAUGAUUCGAAUAGAGGCAGAUGCUACCCAAAGCUCACAUCUUGAAAUUAUGUGUGCUCCUGUUCGAUUAAUAACCAACCAAUCAAAAAUCAGAGUCACACUUAAAAGAAGAUUAAAGGACUGCAAUGUCAUUGCAACAAAGUUAGUUCUAAUGCUGGAUGACUUAUUAUGGGUUUUAACGGAUUCCCAGUUGAAGGCUAUGGUACAAUAUGCAAAAUCUCUUAGUGAAGCGAUAGAAAAAUCAACAGAACAAAGGAAGAGUAUGGCUCCUGAACCUACACAGAGCUCUACAGUAGCCCCAUCUACCCAGCAAGUGAAGACACCACAGACUUCAAAUGCUCCUGAUCUAAAUGAUGCAAUUGUGAAACUAUUCAGUGACUUUGAUGUUAAAGAAACCUCCCAUCAUUUAGUGAUUUCUCAUCUAGAUCUACACAUAUGUGAUGAUAUUCAUGCUAAAGAAAAAGAGUCAAACAGACGUAUAACUGGAGGGGCUAUGCAACUGUCUUUUACACAGCUAACUGUAGAUUAUUAUCCUUAUCACAAAGCAGGAGAUAGUUGUAAUCAUUGGAUGUAUUUUAGUGAUGCAACGAAAAUAAAAAGUGGUUGGGCCAACGAGUUGUUACAUGAAUUUGAGUGCAACGUUGAAAUGCUUAAACAGGCUGUAAAGGAUCAUGAUGUAGGUUCACCUCCUAAAUCCCCAACACAUGCCUCUCCCCAGCACACACAAACAGAGAAAGACUCAACUCUGAAAGGGACUUCCAAAACGCCUACCGUGUUACCUCAACAAUCCAAAGUUAAGUUAAUGUCUAGUUCUGUUGUGGUUAGACUUGCAGAUUUCAAUAUAUACCAGGUCUCUACAGCAGAACAAUGUCGUUCUUCCCCCAAAAGUAUGAUUUCUUGCAAUAAAAAAUCCCUGUAUCUUCCACAAGAAAUGUCAGCUGUCUAUAUAGAAUUCACAGAAUAUUACUAUCCAGAUGGAAAGGAUUUUCCAAUUCCAUCUCCCAACCUUUAUAGCCAGCUGAAUGCACUACAGUUUACUGUGGAUGAAAGAAGUAUUCUGUGGUUAAAUCAGUUUCUGUUGGAUUUGAAACAGAGUCUUAAUCAGUUUAUGGCUGUGUACAAGUUGAAUGACAAUUCAAAAUCUGAUGAGCAUGUUGAUAUUCGAGUUGAUGGCUUAAUGCUAAAGUUUGUCAUUCCUUCUGAAAUGAAAUCUGAAUGUCAUCAAGAUCAACCACAUGCAAUUUCUAUUCAGAGUUCAGAAAUGAUUGCUACAAAUACAAGAUACUGUUCAAACUGUCGACAUUCUGAUUUAGAAGCUUUGUUUCAAGACUUCAAAGAUUGUGAUUUUUUCAGUAAAACAUAUACCAGUUUCCCCAAAUCUGGUGACAGUUUUAAUCUUCUGCAUCCAAUCUUUCAGAGACAUGCUCAUGAACAAGAUACCAAACUGCAUGAAGUUUAUAAAGGAAAUGUUACUCCUAAGUUGAAUAAAUACACUCUUAAAACUUCUGCUGCCACGGAUGUUUGGGCUGUGUACUUUUCUCAAUUUUGGAUAGAUUAUGAAGGGAUGAAAAGUGGAAAAGGACGACCAAUAAAUUUUGUAGAUUCUUUCCCUCUUUCCCUCUGGAUUUGUCAACCAAAAAGGUACGCAUUGUCACAAAAAUUGCUGCAGACUUGUAAUCAGAUAUCUCUAAAUACAUCACAAAGUGAGUCUAGUGAUCUGACUGGCCGAUGGAAGCGGAAAAAGCUCUUGAAGGAGUAUUAUAGUACAGAGUCUGAUCCCUUGACAAAUGGUAGUCAGAAACCUUCAGAUACAUUUUUAAGAUUUUCCUCUUCAUCAUCAGAGGCAGAUAUUCAUGUCCUGGUUCACAUUCAUAAACAUGUCAGUAUGCAGAUCAAUCACUACCAGUAUCUGCUCCUGCUUUUCCUCCACGAGUCACUUAUUUUGCUUUCAGAGAAUUUAAGGAAAGAUGUAGAAGCUGUGACUGGCAAUCCAGCUAGUCAGACAUCCAUUUGCAUUGGAAUUUUACUUAAAAGUGCGGAAGUGGCUCUUUUGCUUCAUCCAGUAGAUAAAGCAAAUAGUCUUAAGUCUCCUGUUUCUGAAAGUGUGAGUCCAGUGGUUCCUGAUUAUUUGCCUACAGAAAAUGGAGAAUUUUUGUCUUCAGAAAGAAAACAAGUUAGUGGUAUAAAACAAAUUAGAAGUGUAACUGUUAAUCAUAUGUCAGACAACAGAUCUAUGAGUAUUGACCUUAGCCAUGUCCCUUUGAAGGAUUCUUUGCUUUUUAAAUCAGCUAGUGAUACAAAUCUGCAAAAAGGUAUUUCUUUUCUGGAUUAUUUAUCAGAUAAAAAUUUAGGGAAAAUAAGCGAAGAUGAAAGUAGUGGAAUUGUUUGCAAAAGUGGCUCAGGAGAAAUUGGAUCAGAAACAAGUGGCAAAAAGGAUUCGUCUUAUACAGAUUCAAAUAGUGUCUUAAACUACAGAGAAGACUCAAGUAUGCUGUCAUUUGAUAAUGGUGGUAAUCAGAACAUACUUUCAAAUAGUUUAACUAGUAAAGAAAAUGAAACCAUAGAGUCGAUCUUUAAAGCUGAAGAUUUGCUUCCAGAAACAGUUUCACUCUCUGAGAACAUGGAAAUCAGUAAAGAAGAAGCACCCACAGUCGGAACACUUAAAUCACAGUCAUCUUUAAGUAGAAAGCCUAAGGAACGUUGCCUACCCAACAUGGCUCCACUCUCUGUUUCUUAUAAGAACAUGAGAAGAAGCCCCUCACAAACCUCGCUGGAUACCAUUUCACUUGACAGCAUGAUAUUGGAAGAACAGUUGUUAGAAAGUGAUGGAAGUGAUAGUCAUAUAUUUUUGGAAAAAGGUAUUAAAAAGAACUCAACUAUAAAUUACCAGAGCCCAGCAGAUCGGACAAAUGCCAGUUCAAACCUACAGAAUUAUGGUGAAACCUCUCCAGAUGCCAUCAGUACAAAUUCAGAGGGUGCUCAAGAAAAUCAUGACGACUUGAUGUCAGUUGUGGUGUUUAAAAUUAUUGGUGUUAAUGGAGAAAUUGACAUCCGAGGGGAGGAUAUGGAAAUCUGUCUUCAAGUGGACCAAGUGACACCAGAUCAGUUAGGCAAUAUCAGUCUACGACAUUACCUUUGUAAUCGUCCAGUAGGUUCAGAUCAUAAAGCUGUAAUUCAUUCUAAAUCCUCUCCUGUGAUUACUCUGAGAUUUGAAAGUGGGCCUGGUGCUGUAAUACACUCUUUGCUUGCAGAAAAGAAUGGCUUUCUGCAGUGCCAUAUAGAAAACUUUAGCACUGAGUUUCUUAUAUCUUCUCUUAUCAAUAUUCAACAUUUUUUGGAAGAUGAAACUGUUGCAACAGUGAUGCCAAUGAAGAUACAAAUUUCUAACACAAAAAUAAAUUUAAAAGAUGACAGUCCUCGUAGUAGUACAGUAUCCCUUGAACCAGCUCCUGUAACUGUUCAUAUUGAUCAUCUUGUGGUAGAGAGAAAUGAUGAUGGCUCUUUUCAUAUCAGAGAUUCUCAGAUGCUUAACACUAGAAAUGAUUUGAAAGAAGAUGUCAAAAGUGAUUCCGUGCUGCUUACCAGUGGAAAGUGUGAUCUGAAAAAACAACACAGUGUCACUCAAGCCACUCAGACGAGCCCAGAGGUUCCUUGGCCUUCUCGGUCAGUCAACUUUCCUGAGUGCUCCUUUGACUUUACUAGGGAACAGCUCAUGGAAGAGAAUGAGUCUCUUAAACAGGAAUUGGCUAAAGCUAAAACAGCUCUUGCAGAGGCUCACUUGGAAAAAGAUGCUCUUCUCCAUCAUAUAAAGAAGAUGCAGCUGAAUAGCAGGAGUGGCAGUCAGAAACUCAAAUUAUAGCUCUGGAGUAUGGUGGUUAUAUUUAUAAUGUGAUGUUACCAAUUAGUGGAAGACUUUCCUUUUCAUGAAAAGACAAUAAAAUGAAAUAGAAUGUGAUGAAGUGGUGACUAUUCCAAAGCCAGUUUAGAAAAUACUAGGUACGGGCAUUACAAUCUUUUGGUUGUUUUGUGUUUUGGGGUUGAACCCUCUUUUAAACUGGUGUGAUAUAGGGAAGUCAACGCAUACUGUAAAAUAAUUACCUGCCUAAUGAAUAGAAGAUGUCAUUUCCUAAUUUUGAUAUUACAUUAUAGGCAUUUUUUAAAAAGAAAAAUUAAAAUCUAUGUGUUCCCACUAUUUAUCACUAUUUGUUAAUAAUUUACUAUUAUUUACAAAGAUUCAGAUGCUUUUAGGGCUAAUGUAAAAUAAAAGGAGGCUUACAUUUUAAACGUUAUUAAAAUUAUGUACUUAAAUCUAUAUUUAAUUACUGUAAAAAAAAGUCCAAUCAAAUUAAUAAAUAUCUAAUGGCUGGGUUUGAAAAUUCUAGAAAAUCAUCACCCUACUGCACUUAUGAAGUAACUUGAAAAUGUGAAAAAGAAUCAUUUCAAGUGAUGGGUAAACUGUGUAAGUUGAAGCUAUAAUUUUCAACAAAGAAGAUGGCACAAAUGUUAAAAUAAAAAGCACAGGGGCUUCCCUGGUGGCGCAGUGGUUGAGAGUCCGCCUGCCGAUGCAGGGGACAUGGGUUCGUGCCCCGGUCCGGGAAGAUCCCACAUGCCGCAGAGUGGCUGGGCCCGUGAGCCAUGGCCACUGAGCCUGCGCGUCCGGAGCCUGUGCUCCGCAACGGGAGAGGCCACAACAGUGAGAGGCCCGCGUACCGUGAAAACAAACAAACAAACAAACAAAACAAAAAAAUAAAAAGCACAAACUGUAAAAAAGCAAGACAUUAGAGUAUAUGGCCAACUGAUUUAAAAAGCAUAAUUUGUACAUUCCUUUAAACAUUUAUUGUUACAAGUAAAAGAGUAAUUUAACUAUCCUACUAAAUUUAGCAGCAUUUGUAACUGUAAGAAUUUUAACUAAUACUAUUUAUAUUAGUUCUUUACCCUCAUCUUUCCUCUAUUUAAGGAAGGGAAUGUUUUCAGAGAAUUUUCUUUUCACAUACAUAAAACAAUUUCAUACCAUUCCUGUAGUAUCACAACAGGUGAAUGUUUGCACAUGUCAAAUUUAUAAUGCUAGUUUUGAUUAAAGUUCUAUGUGACUUAUAUAUUAUCUUCUAUAAUAAGAAAAACUGGUAAAUUUUGAACUCUGUUUUCUAGGGAUUGUUAAGUUUGAAAUCAAUAUGAGAGAGAAUCUCAAUCAUGCAUUAUGAAAUAAAAGUUUAUGAGUAUUUAAGAAACAGGCUUUUAACAAUUUAAAAUAUGUUUCUGAUAGAAUUAAACUAAGUGGGGUCUAUUUUAAAAUUCACAUUCUUAAACAUAAAUAUAUCCAAGGUAGAACAUGAAACAGCUGGACUGCUCUUUCUUUAAGAUACUUGAAAAUUUUCAAAUUUUCAACCACGUUCGGACACUUUAUGGUGCUUUGCUUGUUUGGUAUGACUUAUUUAGCCAUCCCUCUAUCUAAGUACUUGGAAGGAAAUACAUGUUUCAUUUUACAUUAAGUGUUGGAGUGAUUUUAGAUUUUAUUGAAAAUGGUACUGGCUUUUUUUUUUUUUU